AAUUGAUUGAUGAAAUUCAACUUUCAGUCUACUUUACCAAUUAUUUCUUGACAAUUAUCCUUCUGUAGAAAAUGCAUUCGAAGAAAAAGGAUUGUGGUCUUAUAUUGUUUGUAUUUUUCUUUAGCACAGCUUGCUCACAUGUUUAAAUGAACCCGUCCAUGUUCAUUUACUUGGUCUUCUGGAUUGUGGUCUUCUGGAUUCUCAUUCACUUGGUAUUUUAUUUUUAAUUUAAAAGUGGUUGUUCAUAUUGAAAGGUACUGAGUUAGAAGCUUCUCAAGCGUGAUGGGAACACAAAAAUCUAAUAUGUUUGAUACAGCUUACAAUUAUUUGGUGCCUGAAGAUCAGGAAAUUCUUGACAAGCCAACACACUGGACUCCUUCUAUGCAGGCAUAUAACAAUUCUGCGUCUACUCCGAUUCCCUUUUUAUAUCAACACGCAGCUGGUUACAUGCCUCUCUACAUGUGGCCAAACCAGGCAAACAGCACAGUACUUCAAUCUAAUGUUUUGCAGGAUCCAAUGAAGCUCUCCAAUAAACCUACAGUAUCUGAGGAUGCUGUACUGGCCUUUUCAGAAAUAGUACACAGGACUUUUGGCGAGCAAAACCUAAAUUCAAUAAAAAAAUGUGCUAGAAACUUACAACCUAAAAGUUUAAUACCUAAGGAAUCAAGAGGAGAUGGAAGCAAAUCUUCGAUACUGAAAAACAACAAGGAUAGAGUGUUGUGCAGUGAAGCAUAUGGAAACAAGGGAUCACUACAUGAAGACCUUGUCACUGCUAAUGAUUUUCCUUCAACUAAGAAGCAACACUGUAAUUUGGUGCUUGAAAAUGCAAGCUCAAUUCAACUGAAUCAGGAUUUGGAGACGGGCCUAGAUGCAAUUGGCACUAACACUGAACUUGUGAAGUUGGAAGAGGAUGAAAUAAGAAGAGAAAGAAAAAGACAGUCGAAUAGGGAAUCGGCUAGAAGAUCAAGGAUGCGGAAAGAGAGAGAAUGUGAAGAGUUACAUAAGAAAAUGGAAAUUCUUAAGGAUGAAAACUCCAUGCUCACACAAAGGCUCAAGAGUCUUUCUGAGGAAUGUCUGGAAAUCUGUAAUGAAAAUGAUGCCAUAGAGGAAGAGCUGGUUAACAUGUAUGGAACAGAAUCAAUAUCAUAUCUGCUGGCCAUGAAGCCACGCUGACUAUGUUGCUGGUUAAGGAUCAUCACAAUUGAUCAAAGUAUAUUGUUUUAUUUUAUUUUUAUUAUGGCAAGUUUUGAGUUCUGACCCCUCUUGUCUACUUGGCUUAAGGAAGUAUGUUAAAAAUAGGGAUUUCUAUAAUAAGAACACAGCGUAGGUGGAAUAAGGUAUCAAAAUUCUUGAAUUAACUUCGUCUAAAUUGUUGUCAAAUAAGCUAAACCACCCUAAUUAUUUAAUUUUCUUUUUAUUUAA